UGCACUAAGACCUCCGACCUAAACAGAUCUCGUGUUUGUUGAGUUAAAACCGAAUUGUUGUAUAACGCAUCAUAGCAAAAAGGCUAACAAACUCAAGAAUUACCCUCCAAUUAACAUUAGCCCUUUCUUUAUGGCAUAGAUAUCGUAUUCAUACAGAGAGAACAAAGCUGCAUACCUUAAUCUUUUGCUUGUUUCUCUUCUUUCUUAAUUAAGCACCUGAUGAUUUUGACCUUUUCCUGUCCAUUUCUGUGUUUAUUUGGUACGACCAUAAGUCAAGACUAAUUCACCUUAGUGACCACACAAUUGUUAUAAUCGUUUUGUAUUACCUACAUUUAUUAGCAAUUUCACACAAUUCAGAAAAAAAAGUUUUCCCUGUCAAAGCUAUGUUUACAUCCACACAAGCGCGUUGAUGGGUGCGACAAAAAUGACUUCAACGCAAAGUAGGCGGUUCAGCAGAGGCUCGCUGACAGCACUUAAACAUGGAAAAAAGUUUUCAUGAUUUUGUCACAGAGUGACUUUAUAGGGCGAAACUAAAAUUGGUGAAGAUUGGUUCCGCCCGAAGAGAGGUUCCGGCCGGACCGAAUUUUUCAAACACCAGUACUUCCUGGUUUCCAAUGGCAACAUAAAUCAUGGCUUUACGAGCAACAGGUGUGGAGGUUUUAUGUGGCAACUCGUGAUUGGAAGAUGUGAUGAGGACGGGACAUAUAAAUAGACCCAUAGAAACACUAGGAGCUACUUACCGGAAGAAUCGUCAAGGACGAUCAACGGUGACAGGACAGCCGAUGGUGAGAGGAGGAUCGGACAUCUGCAAGAAGGAGAUAAAGACAGAGUGUUACCGUCCUACGUGAGUUACUCUAUACAUUGUACUGUAUAUCAUUAAGGGGAAGUGCAUUAUUCAACGUGUGUUGUAAGCCCAAGAUAAACAGGUUAGUGGCCCCACUGUGGAAAGGAGUGUGGGUGAGCCGGGGAGUACAAGUGGAAGAAAACGCAGGAGGCCGGGCGGCCAUCUUCAGGUUCCUUUUCCCCUCCACUAAGAACAACGCCCAACGAAUCACAAGACGAACCCUAGUCAAUUGUGGCUCUGUCCUUAUUUCACUUAAAGUGUGUGGAAUGCUGUGGGUGAGUCCUUGUCUUUAUUGUGAGUGUGUACACUUGAAAGCUUGCAGUGUAUUGCUGUGCUUGUGUUGACAGAAGCCACGUCGAGAUUAGAGGAGUCGUGGUGAUAUUUGUGCGCGUUGAGGCUAGAGGAGUGCUAUCCGAAGGCAGAUAUAAAUAGGACUUCAUGCAUAAAUUGUUGGAUCCUUUCUGGCUCUGUAAGGGCAGUGGUGAAGUAUACCUGCAAACCUGACUAGUGUGAGUAAAAAUCCUAAAGUGUACUGUUAUACUUGGACGAAGGGGUACUGCUAUAACGUCAGUGUGAAAUAACCAUCCUUGUGUGGAGCCUCUUCAAAGGUUCGCCCCUGCUCAGUAUCUCUGGAACUGUAAGUGGAGGAGGAGCGAGGGAAGCGUUCGGCUCUGCACAACCAUCUCCAACGGCCUGGAAAUCAUGGAAAACCAAUUUUACUCACUCCAGAGACUUAAUGCUUGCAGGCUUAAGGAUCUCCAGUGUAUGAAGUUAUUUUCUGGGCAUUUAAGUGGCGGAAUUGUCGGUCUCAGUAACAUCUGCAAGUCCCUCUUAGACGCACAUGUCAAUACCACCACUGGGGUGUGCUCCAAUUACAAAGAUAUCAGGAAAAAUAUUGAACAUGCUGAACAGUGCAUGCAAAAGGCAGAAGAAAUUAUUAAAGAAAAGCUGGGAUGUUUGGAUCAACGCAUGGAGCAACUUAUUGGUGAUAAACAAAAAGCUGAGCAGCAGAAGAAAGGAAAAAGCAUGGCCAUUGAUAAAUUACACAAAGAGAAAGCGUCUGCUGAGGAAUUAUUAAGCAUUUCUAAAGCAGCUUUAGAUCAAGCUACAAAACAAGUCGAAUCAGCACAGUAUGCUCUAAAUGUAGCACAACAGAGGAUGGACUCUCAUCGAGAUGUUGCAAUUGCAGGUGGGGUUCUGCUUGUAAUACCAAUUAUCGGAUGGAUUGCUGGUUCUAUAAUGCUAAGUGAGGGACUGCGGGUCUUAAACGAGGCUACAGAUUUCUACAAUGCUACUGAAAGGGAGAAACAAAUGUCUGAAUCGAAAGUGAGAGAAUGCACUAACAAAAUAUAUGAAUGUGAGAAAAACAUUGUUUCUGCACAAAAUGAAAUUGAGAUGAGCAGUCAGCAACUGAAGAAGAUUGAGGAGGAGAUCAAAGGGGUUCAAAAGGAUCUGGAGGAUACUGGCAGUGUUCAGCAAAUGGUCAGGACCGUUAUGAAUUGCCUGAGUGUUCUUACUGGGAGAAUCACUGUACUGGAGAGGCAAACUCAAUGUUUCAUCCUCUGGGAGCCUGUUGUAGAGAUCAUGAAAGAUGUGGUGAAGGCAAUCGUAAAUAUUGCAAAGAAUGAUUUCUUUGGUAGUAAUGAUCUACAAGGCCUCAUAAACACAUUGAAUCAGAAUGUGGGAUCACUACGGGCUUUAUGCAAUUCUCCCAGUCAUUCUGAAUAUAAUACGUUUUACUGAUCAUCUCCAACUUGCAUAAUUAAGAUUAUGCAUUGAACCACUGCAAAUACCUUUGUAAACAGUUCUGGACAAUAACGCAUGAUGGUUUGUUUGGUAGCUGUUUAGCUCACCAUAUCUUGCAAAAAAGACACCUGACAUGUAUUACACAACUUUAUACCACAGGGCUGUUAAAUGUUUCACAGGUGUCGAUAAUUGUUAAAUAAUCAUGUCUGUCAAAUGUCUUAAAAUAACUACCAGAGCGAUGUCUUAGCGAUGUUUGUGAAGUAAUCUAAUUAACCACAUAACUGCAUAGCCACCUUUCACUAUAAAAAAUGCAGCAUGAAAUUAAAACAACUUAAAAGCACAUUGAUUCUCCAGGUCAAUUCAACUAUUUUAAGUUUUGUCUGAAAAGUUGACAUUAAAGUAAGAUAUACUGCAUUCAA